GCCGGCCUUUUUGAAUCUUUUCGAGUUCAUAUUUGGAUAGAGCAUGAAAAGCUGCAUCGAACUAAUAUAGUCUCACUUAAGUUCAAAAGUGUUCAGUGCACUAGGAACUCUAGAAAGAGGGAUACCCAGGCUUACCCCAUCAAGAUUCUGGUCGUAUUUCGCUGCCAUAAGCAGCUAAGCAUUACGGAUAGUCUUUAUUCAUCUAGAUUCGGAUAGAGUUUAAAAUUUUGCACCUAAAAAUGCUUUUUCAGACCUUCUAGAGACUAGUGUAUGCGAAAGGAGGGUCAAAAACUCGGCUCGAACCUAAAAAUUUACAUAUAGGAAAAAAUGGUCCAGUUUUUCAGCACUACAUUUUUGAACUUUGAGAUUGCGAUAUUCGUGAUCAGCAUCGCCGACUUGUCAGUUUUAAUCACUUUAAAAAAGAAUUUUGAAAAAAAAUUUCUUCGAAACCCUGUAGGGGGGUACAGGGACCAAAAACCCGAAAGUGAUUUCAAGGAAAAUCACCAUGCUAGAUUUGUAGCCCAUAUCGAUCUUAUAACACUCAUAUAGUUUUUUCUUGAAAAUAUCUGGGUAUGAAAAGUGGCCUUAACGCCACUCGUCCUUUAUUUAUUUUCUUUUAGGUAUUAAUAAACCUAAAUUAGAAAAGGAAGAACUAAUUCAAGUACUUCAAAUUGAUAAUCAACAAGUUCGACAACAACAAAUUUAA